AUGGAACAUGAAUGGGUCUACUGAGAAGCCAUGCCUCAGGGUUGCGUUCCCGCGCAUCCCCGUUAGCUACCAUUAGCUCGUAGCGGCUUAACCGACGUCACCUCCACCCCACCUCCGAGCUUCCCCCCGCAACCUCAACCAACACCACAGUUUCUACCGUCCUCCACAUAGCGUCAUGGCCUCCGAAGCGCGCCUCUACCAAUUUUCCCCCGAAACGACUGCGCGCCUCCGGAAAUUCCGGCUCACCACAUCGCGCGCCAAAACGCCGCAGGCAAUCAUCCUCAGCAUCGACAAGAAGACUUACGAAGUCGUGCCGGCAGCGGACGUCCUGGUGAGCCUGGAGGAUGUGGUCGAUGAGCUCCCCGAGCAUGCGCCGCGAUUUGUGCUGCUGAGCUACCCCAUCACUCUGAAGGACGGCAGGAGUGCCGUGCCCUAUGUCAUGCUCAGCUGGAUGCCCGUGACGGUCGGCAGCGAGCUGAGGAUGAUGUAUGCGGGCGCGAAGGAGCUGGUGAGGAAUACGGCGGAGGUCGGGAAGGUCAUCGAUGUGGCGGAGGAGGAGGAGGUGUUGGCUGUGCCCGAGGUGCUGAAGGAGCAUCAAUAGUUAGACGUGCGGGGGAUAUCCGGUGGGCCUUGCUUUGCUUUGCGCAUGAGGAGGGGGAGGAGUAUUCAAUGACAAUUACGUGCUUGAUGGCUCUACUUUUGCUUGUUCUUCCAC